GCAUCCAGGGGCGGCGCGGAGCCGAGCCGCUCGCCCAGCCGCCUGUGCCCGCGAGCGCCGCGCCUGCUCGGGGAAUCCACUUCGCUGCUAGACGCUCCUCGUUCAUGCUCGCUCCCUUCCCGGCUGCUUCCCAUGGCUUUGACUCUGCGGCCGGAGCCUAACCACUAACGGGAGAAACUUUUCCUGCCGUUUCUUCUCCCCACCCCCAACCAGGAGAGGAUUAAAAGUUGCAAGAACUGGUGCCGCCCGUGUCACUUGGGUACUCUCCGGCGAGUUCCGAGUCUCAGCCAUGUGCACCAACAUAGUUUACGAGUGGCUGAAAGCGUUACAGCUCCCUCAGUACGCUGAGUCCUUCGUGGAUAAUGGCUACGAUGACCUGGAAGUGUGUAAGCAGAUCGGAGACCCGGACCUGGACGCCAUCGGGGUUCUGGCUCCCGCGCACCGCCGGCGCAUCCUGGAGGCUGUGCACCGGCUGCGGGAACAGGACGCGGCCGCUGCGGGCCUUUACUUCACACUGGAACCGCAGCCCGUGCCACCGGCACCGCUGGUGGACGCAGUGCCCCCAGGCCGCCGGGGGGAGCCAUGUGGCAGCUCAGCCCAGGGCACUCGCGGGGACCCCCGUGCCCAGCCGAGCGCUCCCCGCAGCAGGGAGCUGGUGAGCUACCCGAAACUGAAGCUGAAGAUCAUGAUCCGGGAUAAGCUGGUCCGCGAUGGCAUCCACCUGAGCAAACCCCCUUACUCGCGCAAGGUCCCAAUGGCCGGCAUCCUAGAGUACUUAAUGAACUGGCCGAAGUCAUCACAGAACCGCUAGAUAUCAUUUUUGAGAGGCCCGUGGCGGACUGAUGAGGUGCUGACGACUGGAAAGGGGCGUAUUUAGAACCUUCUUUCACAAAGGGAACUGGAUGGUGACUCUGCAAACACUCAUCAGCUUAACUUUUUGCUCGGAAAUUUUUGGAAUUAUCAACUCAGUAAACCGAGUAACUCACUUGUUAUAGUCAGGAGUAAGGCAGUUACAUUCCACCUAUGGAAAUAUGGUGAACUUGGUUUUCAAUGGACACUCCAUGUGGGAAGAAGUCUGAUACAUCUCUUGGAAUUUUUCUCCUUUUUGAAUUUUUCAUCAUCAUAGUUGGGGUUGACUAAGACUUGUGGGGAGUUACUAAUUUUAAGUAUACUACAUAAAAAUAGGUUUCUUACAAUAGCUACUUAAUUAUAUUAGCUUUCAAAUUAGCCUCUGUCUCAAGAACAGUAACUUUCAUUUUAUAUUUUAACAUACAUGUUAUUUUCCUUUGUAUAGGGCCUUGUUUUCAUUAACUUACAGUAUUUUAUUUAAUUCUACAUAAACUAGUUUGGUGGAACUCUUACUUUAGGUACUUUUUAUAGUGGUUUCACAUAUAAGUAUACCCAUAACACUGACAGAUUAAGGAAGAAAUUCUUUUCUGACUUUUAAAAUGUAAUCUGGUGGAGGGAUGACUAUUACGUUAGAAGUACCAUGUCCUGUUACAUAUCAGCUCUCUAUAUUCUUCUUUGCCCUUGCCCACCUUCCCUUAUCUCAUUCUGCACCCCUCCAAUUGCUUCUGAUACAAGAUGGUAGACAGGGAAGUAGGCCUCGGAAACAGGCAAGAGGAGCCCUGUCCACACAUCUGUACUUAAGGAGAAUAAAGAAAAAGGAGAGGGAGGGGGAAGAAAACAGGGGAAUAUUUUUUUUCUUUAUCAUCAUUAUUUAGUUUGGGUGUUGGUAGUUUGCUUUUCUGUUAAAAAAGUAUAGCCAUGAUGAUGGGGUCUAAACUUCGUCGAGAAAAGGCUAUAGGUGAUUUAACAAUGUUAACAAGCAUCUGAGGCUGGCAAGUUUGAAGAGACUCUCAGCUAUACUGGACUAUGGAACAACCAUCCGUUCACUACUCAGAAGUACAGCAAAGAUGCAAGCUUGUGUCACUAUAAUUAUGGACCUGGACAGGGAACUUUCAAAGGCAAGAGAUUGAUGUUCGCUUUGUCUCUAGAAAUAGGUAGGCAAUUUAGAAGGGAUUGUCUCCGGAGGCCUUCAUGGCAUAAUACCGUGUUUUAAAAUCUAAAGUUUAACCAGUUGAGCUGCCUUCAGAGAUGAAUUUUGGCACUGUGCAAAGCCUUUCUUGGGCUUAAAUACAAAUGUAAGGAAAUUAAGUUCUAAGAGCACGUGUGAGUUGUCCCUUAUGAGCUGCAUACAAUCAUCUGCUCGUCACCUUUUCAAAUAAGAUGAUCUAUAAAAAUACCUGUUAGUUUUUUUUAAAGAAGUGUGGGUGUCUGCAUAGAUUACUGAUAUGAUUUAUUGUGAUAAUAAACGGCUUCCUGGUUGAGACCUCAUUUCCAGGUGCUGCAUCUGUGGCAGAUUUAUUUCGCAGAUGUACAUUUGCAUGCAUUUGUUGAGCUGUGGCUAGCAAGGACCCAAUUUCUGAAAAAUCUAUUAUUUUCCCCAGAGGCAAUAGAAUAAAAUCCUCUGUGACC